GUUACGUAGUUAGUGCGUUCUGGAAAGUAAUCAUAAAAGACGGUUGUUCCCAAGCAGCCAGCCCCCGUCCUGAGUAUCGCUUGUUGGAGAACAGAACACAGCGUCGCACGACGAGGGACAAACACACGCAGAGGUUCUCACGCACCCCCCACUAUCAUCAAGCACCCACCCUAUCAGCACAAGGGGGGCCGGCCAGAAGGGACAAACAUAUCCACGGUGUCCACACUGUCGGACGACACAUGCAAGAUCACCACCUCGCGGCUGCUCAGGAAAGGGCCACGCAGCCGGUGGGAACGACAAAUGGGCGAGAUCCUACUUGGAACGAGCAUGCUCAGAGUGAAGCAACGGAAGUUAAAGCAGGCGUGGGAAGAACGCCCGGACAAGAAGAGGAAGAGCAGCAGGCGCAUGAUUCAUCACUCGCACAGCACGGCGCGACCGUGACAAACGACGUGGCGAACGGGGCUUUCGCAGAACCGCAGGAACACUCGCAGCACGACAGCAACCAUAACACCCACGACGACGAGCCGGGUUCACCUACUAUCCACCCAACCCAAGCAGCACAAGCAAGAGUAGAAGCCCAAGAAGCAGCACAACAAGACGCCCAAGAUGAGCCGCACGAGCACAAUGCGGCGGCGGACACCGUUCUCCCUUCUUUUGGCGCCGUUUGGGGAAGUUUGCCUGCCGUGAACCCUAUUCUGUCUCCUGGAUCCUCGACAGCGCAGCAGGAUACGGGAGCAGUUGAGGUACAGCGAUGGGCCGAAGCGACGCCAUAUUGGCGUCUGACAGCCUCGAUAUGCCCUGUUUACAGUAUGGAUCGAACUAGGAUGUAUGCCAUACGAAUCCAUCCCCGGAUCGAAAGUGGCUUUUUCCUGGCCGACGGCGACUGGACCUGCUACCGUAGGAACUACUUCCAACUUAGCAUCGGUUUCUCCGCCAUGGAUCUCUUUGGCGCCCGUCUCGAGAUGCCCUGUCUGGUUUCAGUCGAGAACAAACUCCAGGUCGUCACCGGAUUCUUACUCGGCAUAAGCGCGCGCACAUCUAACGGCCAAAGGCCAAUCGAGUUGGUUCAACUCACAGCGAAACGCGCUCAUGGUCCGCAACUCGUCCCUGAACCAAAGUAUUGCCAACCCCAAGACAAUCCGUCCGCUUACGGUCGCGCCAACGUCGACAUGUUUCACACGGUCACGUUCGACAGAUUGCAGUUCAAAGCGGCGACGACCAACAAUGGCAAGCGACGAUCUGCUCAGCAGUACCAUGUACUCGUCGCAGAGUUGUUUGCAGAACAUGAGGGCGGCGAACGAAACAGGAUCGCAACGAGCGAGAGCGCGCCCUUAGUGGUGAGAGGACGCUCACCAGGCCACUACAAGGAGAUGCACAGCCGCACCGGCGCCGGUGGGCAUGCCGGGGCUGUGCCCGCUCCAGAGCAAAUACCCAUUCCGCCGCCCGAGCAUCAGGAGUUCCCGCCGCAUAUACCCAUUGAUUUUCGCGCGGCCCAUGGCAUGAUGGUCGGGGCGAUGUUACAGCCUUCGGAACAGCAGGCACCCGGCUCAUCAGGCCAGGAAGAUACGCAUACCCAAUCCGCACCGACACAAGACGACGGCGCGAGACCCGAGAAUGGCAUCCCAGCAGCGCAGAUCCUUCCGUCGCCGGCGAUGCUGGCUGCGGGAUACCACCUUUACCAACAGGUCCUCAGCACGCACCAUUCGCUCAACACGCCUGCAGGGUCUGAGCACGCAAACAACACUCUGCCACCGCUUGCCAAUCCUUACUUUUAUGCGCCCUAUCCGUCUUUUCCAUACCAGCAUCAACAGCACCCCGGUCUGGGUAUGGCCUUGCCCCACCCGCACCAGCAACAUCUGCAACCGCAGCCUCAGGAGCAUGGGGAGGUAGCGCGCGAUGAUGGAAACGGCCAUCAGGGCCAGACUUCAGAGGCCGCGGGUGAGAACGACGGCGGGCACGAUUAGAAGGCUGGACGCCCAUACUCUUUUCCACCACCGCAGCAUCUAUAUGCACCGUAGGGCCGAAUCUUGAGACUGAACAUAAAAUGAAAGCAUGCAUAUGAUACCCCGUUUAUCUGUAUAUGAAAUAUCCGUUACGAAAUGAUGUAGGCGCCUCGCUUAGCUUCCUACAUCUGUUGGCUGGGGGUCGUCAAGCAUUUCACCCCAACUUUGUAUCAUAUGCUGCCACAAUAGCCGGGCUUCUCAGAACGAAUAGAAUGCUUUCCACU